AUGUCGCGUCUCUCAUGCCAGGCUUUCAAACUACAAGGACAUAGUAUCAACUUAAACCUGCGGAUUGAGUUAGUGGGCCACACAAGUGAAAGCGACGAGGAACUCACCAGGCUAGCGAGGAUGUUGAUGAUAACAAAUCAGCAAGGAACGACAAGGCUUCCCUUGUGCUUCUGCCAGCAAAAAAACACUGAAGAUGGCAAGGUGGACUCCAUUGCCAGGCUGAAAGAGCGCCUGCAGCUGGCAGAGAUGAAUUGCACAAGGCUGGAAAAUCUGUACCAAAAGUACAGACUUCGCUGGUUAGAGGAAAAUUACCAGGACGCCCCUUCUCCUGCUCAAAGCGAAUACGAAUUUGAGGUUGAGCCUGAGGACCGAGAGUAA